AUGAGCGAAUAUAAAUCUAACUUUGUUAAUCGUGCUUGCGUCUUUAUAAAUUCCGGAAAUGAUCCCAUGAUUCAAAGUCAGGUGAUCAAUGAUCCGCAACAGCUUAUUAAACUUCCAUUCCCACCAGAAAUUAAUUCACACGAUUUAGUUAUUCUACACCCCGAUGGACGUGCACCUAAAACUUCUAAUGCCUUUAUUAUCUAUCGAAAAUUAUUUGUUGAAACUGCUCGUGCAGGCGGUUAUAACUUGCCAAUGAAUAUUAUCUCUUCAAUGGCAUCUCGGUCAUGGGAACAAGAACCUGAAGAAGUAAAAAAUGAAUAUAAAAGAAUCGCCAAAGAAGCCUUUAACUAUCGUAAUGAACUAUUUCCUAAAAUAAAACCUCAAAAGAAAAGAGACCAAUGGAAAACUGUUUCAUUUGAUAAACCUUCUGUCC